AUGCUAGCUGACCUGUCUGGAAUGCUUCCUUUAAGGACAUGCAGAGGCAUUGUUGCACACCUGCAGUUGAAUGAUCCCUUGUGGUUGAUACUGUUAACAUCUAUUGAAAGGUUGGGAUCAGAGGCUAUACUGACUACGAUUUUGCCGAGAGCUUCUAUUUUGCUGUUGACACCAGCAUUUGCAAGGCUUAUUUUGCGACUUAAUCUUCAGCCUCCUGAAUUUGUUACUGGUAAUUAUUAUUUUGAGUUGAGGGCGGUAUCUCUUACGCAACAGUUGGGGUACUACAAGGAGUACCAGAGUAAGGUGACAAAAUUGGUGGGGAUUGAGAAAGCAAAAGGGAUGUUCUCAGCUGGAAUUCAUCUUCUCAGUGCUGGAAAUAGUGAUUAUCUUCAGAAUUACAACAUCAAUACUUAUAUCUACAGACAGUAUACACCUGAUCAGUUUGCUGAUCUUCUUAUGACCUCCUUCUCUAACUUUGUCCAGUUCUUUAAGCGCUCGGUGGAUCAGUAUGAGAGUGACUUGCAGUUUGUGGUCCAAUCUCUUUUACUUUCUAUGGAUGUAAACGAGCUUCAGCUUGUUAAAUCUGGUCUAUGCUAUGGAAAUUGUAUUCGUUAUGCUUUGGUGAAGCUUCUCAGAUCGUCGGGCUACAAUGCUGCAGUAUGUGCUUCAAAAUGGCAAGGUUGUAACAAGGUGCCUGGAGGCCAAGUGCAUCCAGAGAAGUACCUGGAUAGUCUUCAAAGCAGCUCGACUAUUGCUCAAAUUGUGGAGGUUGCUUGA